CUUCAGCGUAAAAGCGAUCGAAGCUGUCGGGUGUCUGCAACCAUAAUAGGCAUUCGUGUCUGCCGGAAGUGGUCUCCAAAGCGCACCGCGUAAUGGCGAAUACGUCCUUUUUUUGUCACUAUUUUGGGCGACAUCCAAGACGAUGCCAACAAUACGACGAGGCGCACAAACCUUGGAUGCAAGGUGUCUUGUUAGUCGAGAUGCAGAUGGGUUCUUUGGAGGACUAUAUAAGACCGUCCAGCUUACGAUAACUUCCCUCGCCCCUCAUCACCUUCAUCUCUUCACAACCUUUCACCUUCCACAGCUUCAUCCUAUAACAACCUACCCAAACCUAAAAGAUGGCCAAAUUCAUCACUGCCUUUGCCGUAGCAUCCACCUGCAUCGCCGCAGUGCAAGGUCUAGCGUGCGACCCCACCGCCGUCAGCCCGUACGCCGGCCAGAAAGCCAACCUCGUCCCGGCCGCCUCUUUCACCCCCAGCAACGAGGCGCUGCAUGUCUCGGGAACGGUUGAGAUCCUCGACUCUUGCACGUUUGUUGUGAGGAACUUUGUCUUCACGCCUGGUCUUGCCGACACGCUUUGGUACGGUCGUGUCGGGACUAAUGUGACCUCUGGCCGACCAAUCUGGGGCGCCACGGGCAACGUCAACACAACCGUACAAUACAGCAACGGCGCCGACAGCCAAAACUACACCCUCAUCGGCGACGAAACUGGCUGGUGGAACGCCCAGUCCUGGAACGACUUUGACACCAUCGUCCUCUACGGUGCAAACAACUCCUACAACUACACCAUGGCUACCGUCCAGUUCCCCGCCCUCAUCAAGACCACCUCUACCUCCAUCGCCUCGUCUACUAGCUCUAGCACGACCACCAGCACCAAGGCUGCUGCUACCACUACUUCCACAUCCACCUCCAGCACCGCCGAGGCGACUACUACCACCGCGGAUGCUCUUCCGAAGGACACGGUGACUACCACUCCUAUCGCUCAACCUACUGAGGAUGUCAAGAGUGGCGCCCGUGGGAUCGUUGAGCUCGGAAGCUUGGCGGUUGCCGGGUUGGCGGCCGUAUGUGCUGCCGCUGUCGGCCUUUAGAGUUAGCUUAUAUCCAGGGAUAGUUUUUGGUAGCAUAUCAUUAGACGUAAAGAACGUUUUUGGCUGUUUUUGGGAUGUGUUGUAGUAGUACGGAAAUACCUUUGGAACACCUAUUGUCAGAGUCACUGUCAGACAUCUUGUUCGAGACUUUCUUGUGUGCACCCUAUCCUCUCGGUUCCAUCGAAUGCACAAUUCCAAGCAUCGUUUCUCGAGUGUUUGCCAGUGAAC